CGAUGACGCAAAUUUUGCCUCGUUGGAGGGUGAUUUCAUCAGGAACAGGACAAAGACAGAAGGCACUUCCUAUUUGUUGUAUAUGUCCACGUAUCUUUUUUCGCUUCCAGAUCAUCACAGUGUCACAUGUCAGUGAGCGAAGAUAUGGAGAAUACAGACCUGCUCGGUCUGAUCUUCCCCGAUGAAGACCCAGGAUCCGGCGAUCUGUUCCUCACAGAGGGGAAUAACUUGCUGGAUGAUUUGCUUUCAGAGCAAGAUAUGCUGAGUGGAAUGGAUACAGAGGACUUCCUCAGCAGUCUUCUGGGAGAGGAGGAGGACGGCGUGGCUAUCAGCUGCUUGUCUCAGUCUCCUCAUGGCAGUGACAGUGGCAUCUCCGAGGACACCACCCCUCCGCACUGCCAGAGUCCCAACGACAGCAGCGAGACAGACACCGUGCCCAGCCCAGGCAUCGAGCCUCUGCUGUACUCCGAGUGUCUGACGGAGAGCUACGAGGCCCAGGUGGUGCAGACGGACCACUGCUACACCCUCCCGCAGGGCACAGACGCCCUGCUGAGCGUCCGAUCAGAGAACCCCGAGUCCGAUGUCUUCAUAGAUGUCGAUGAUUUGGACAUGGAUAUGGAUAUGGAUAUGGAUGAUGACUUCUCCCCAGAGCUGCCCUGCUCUCUCACGAUUGAAGACGCCACGCAAAGCAGCAAAGCAGACACCCUGUUCCAGUUUAAAGAAAUAGUUUUGACUGAUGAGGAGAGGAGACUUCUGGCGAAGGAAGGAGCAACCAUUCCAACUCAUAUGCCUCUCACAAAGGCAGAGGAACGGACCCUGAAGAGGGUGAGGAGAAAGAUUCGGAAUAAGCAGUCUGCUCAGGAGAGUCGCAAGAAGAAGAAGGUUUACGUUGAUGGCCUGGAGAACAGGGUUGCAAUCUGCACUGCUCACAAUCAGGAAUUACAGAAGAAAGUUGAGAUGCUGCAGAAACAGAACAUGUCUCUUGUUGAACAGCUGAGAAAACUUCAGGCUAUGGUGAAAAUGUCCACGAUGAAAACCACCACGACCAGCACUUGUAUCAUGGUAUUCCUGCUUUCUUUCUGUCUGAUCAUUUUCCCUUCAGUCAAUCCGUUUGACAGCAGCACUCAGAAAGAUCUGUAUGCGUCAUCUACAGGAAUGUCCCGAGCCCUGCGGUCUUAUCCAGCUAUCCAUAAAGAAGACAUCGUUUCCACGCCUGCUAAAGAAGUACCAGAGCAGGAUGUCCUCCUCGUGGCCACUGUAGAGAAUAACCAGGUGCUGCUGUCCGGCGCUCAGAACCACACACCUGACUACCAGCGGGUCGAGCAGCCCGACUCCGAGUCUGGUGUCAACAGCAACUCCUCCGCUGACUUCCCCAGUCCUGCCCAGUCAGACCUCAAAGCGGACGCAUCUCUCUCAGAGUCCCACAGGAACUCGGCAGCGCCUCCGGUGAUCUACGACGGCCAGAGCAAAACCAAGGAGAGCUGGAUGGAGCAGAAACCCACGUCAGUUAUAAUACAACAGCACCGAUCUGAUGAAAUGUAGGAGAGCAUUUGCUUAAGAUGAAAGAUUCAGUAUAGCCAUUUUCUCUUCGUUAUAGCAUCACAGCCUGAACCUUUUUCCUUCGUUUUUGUUCUUUACAUGGAUCUGUCAUGCUAUAAUAGCACUUUUUUUUAAUACCCAGCCAUUUGUUAGGACAUUAUUGUUCUAUCCACCUGCACAAAUAGUGAAGCUUUUUCAAUGGAGACGUGACUGAGUCAUGUUGUUUUAAACUCUGCAUUGCAUCCACAUUGAGAUUUAGUACAUUCAGGAAAUGUAUUCAUUCGUCUGUAUUACUUGAGACAUUUUAGGACUUUUGGGCAUCUAAUAAAAUAUUAUUUUCCCUUUUUUAGUAAGGGAGCCAUAUGCUUAAAGAGAUUUCACUACUGAAAAAUGAUCAGUCCUAGUGAUUAUAGGAGUGUAUUUAGAAAAGGGAAAAGCUAUUUUUUUCUGCUUGUGCAUUAUUUGUGGCUUAGUACCCCUUCCGUUAAACCGCUGUAAAUUUUGCUUUAUAUGUACCUUUUAGAGGGGGUAUAUUACUGCACAUAUCCAUGCAAUAAUAAUGCAUUGUUUAUGUCUAUAUAUGUAUAUACAUAUAUAUGAAAAAAAUGUCAUGAUCUGCUGUGUCAGAGAAGCAUUUUUAUGUUAUUUUUUGAUGUUGAUAUUUUGUCUUUAAAAGACUUCUUUUAUUGCAGUCUUUUUUAUUGAUUUCUUUUAAUCUUUGGUCAUAUGAUGCACUGAUGUAUCUGAAAACAUGGAAUGUUGAUAAACUGUACUGUCGUGAUCAUGUUAUUGUUAAUUAAAAAUGAUCGGUUUAUUAUAAAAAAA